CAAAUCUUUCACAUAGGCCCCGUGUCCAAUGGCCCAUCGCCCAGCGCCCAGUGAGAGCCAUGCCACGCGGGGCUUGCUCGCCGCUGCCCUUGCAGUCACGGCCCUCGCUCGAGUGGAAGCCCGGAGUUUGCGAGGACGGUUUGGGGGUCCCCGCCUUCGACAAAGCCUUUGAUGAUCACUUCAUGAUCAACUCGGAGUUGAUUUCACAGGCGCUGGAAGGAACUGCCAAUGACAGCUGCUCCUCUUUUCCCGAGAAGAAAAAGCAACCGCAGGCUUGGGGCAUGUCGGUGGGCUUGCUUUGGAAGCUUUGGCUCUACAUCCGGGAAGACCUCUUGGGGUAUGCCGCUGCACAUCGAACUGAUGGUAAGACUGAUGGCAAGCGCAGACACAAAUGCCUCGUCGAUCCGUGCUUGUGGACGCACUGGGCGGAUGACGUUCAACCCACCUCCAGUGGGGCUGCCUCCAGCGACGGGUGCGAGAGGAUGAGGGGAGACAUGCACUUGGUGGUGCAACGCUACGUCCUACCCUGGACCAAGACCUUUGACGCUGGCUUGGCCUUGGUUUUGAACGCCGGAGGAAUAGCCUGGUCGAGAAAGUCGGCCGACUUGUUCUGCAUGGCGAGCACUUUUGUUUCGCACAGCUGGGCCGAAGCCUUUGAAGAUUUCGCGCUCACCUUGCAUCGACUCCUGGAUGAAGAGGCCGUGGUUUGGAUUUGCAGCUUUGCUUUGUGGCAGCAUGGAGACAUCUCAGCCAGUUUGUCCUCCUUGGAUAGAUGUCCUUUCGCCAUCGGCAUGCGUGCCGCGCGACGGGUUCUGGUGCUCACGGAUCACAGUGCAGAUACCUUGGAACGCUGCUGGGUGGUCUUCGAGGCAGCCUUGGCACAUGAGCUGGGGAAGGACUACAACAUUUGCUUACCCGAUGACGGGGACGCCGCCUCCUGGCGCAUCGUAGGCCAUAAACUCGAGCAGCUGGACGUGGAGGCCUGCAGGGCAUCCAACAAGCGGGACAAAGAGGAGAUUUUGAGCUUCAUCCGAAAGCAGAAGGGCGGCAUUUUCGCGUUGAACAGCAACGUGCGCAUGCUGGCUCGGCAAGCAAUGGAAAGGUCAGAGCUGAUGGCUGCCGCAGUAGCAGGUGACCUAGGACGCAUCGACCGCGCGACUGACGAAGAGCUCUUGACUUGGCGAAACAUCCGGGGACGCACAGUGACCCAUGUGGCAGCAGCCUGCUCCCAGGUGGCCGCCUUGGUGAAGGUCCUGGAGCGAACAAAGUUUGCUCAUCUCAACUCGUUGGAUGAGGACUCCCGCUCCCCGCUUGGGGUGGCGGUCGAAAGUAGUCAAGUUGCCUCAGUCUUGGCCCUGCUCGCCCUACGCGCGGACAUUGAGCUGCGCAAGAGCGACGCGGGCCACACGGCGCUGCACUUGGCGGCGAUGCAUGGGAAUCCGGACAUCACCCAGGCCCUGGUGGACAUGAAGGGUGACUUCGAGGCCGAGACCAUCUACAAUGGCCGAAUGGGAUACCGACCCAUCACGAUCGCUUGCAACGAGGGAAAUGUGAAGAUUGUAAGGUUGCUGGUGGACAGCAGAGCCAACAUGCUCGCAAGGACCUCCACAGGCGCUGCGGCGCUACACGUGGCAGCCUGGACGGGCCACUCAGAAGCGGCAGCGGUGCUGCUGGCACGGAAGGCGGAUGUGAACAUCACCACCAAGGACGUGUUUCAGCGGACGCCUUUGUCUUUGGCUUUGAUGAAUGGACAUUCUGCCACCGUGGGCCUGCUUCUAGGAGCCAAGGCUGAUGUGUCGCCGGGCGAGGAAGCGUCCGACCAGGAUUUGCACACCCCGCGCACCCCGGCGACGCACCGUAGCCGGUCCAGCCGACGACGAAUGAAGAAAUACACCCGCAAGGAGUCACGCCAUGAAGCGCAGAUGCUGGUGCUGAAACAUGAGUCCUCUGGAAGUCUGCACCCUUCACAGUCUGAGAAUGCUUCGCGGAAAGCCUCGCACGACUCGGAGUCUCAGCAUUCCAACGUGAGUCGGAAAAGCCACGUGACCUUUGAGGAGGCCGCCGACGUCACCUUUUUCCCCAACAGCUCCAGCUCCAGCGAGACAGAUAACACCGAGGAGGAAGACUUUGUGUUGCUUGCAGACUCUCUGGAAGACGUCAAGGAGGCUGAAGAGUGGCACUUCCCACAGCGAUCUUCGCGGCAAAUCGCUGUCCUGACAUUGUUUGCCUUCGCUUUGGGUAUAGCGUUGGGCCGACGUGCUCGUAGUUAGCACUGCUAUCCCGACGUUUGCAUGAGAAUCGGCGGGUUGGUUUCAUUGGAUUUGACAUGAUUUGAC